AUGGGGGCGGUUGAGGAGGCGGACAAAAACUAUGGUGAAGUGGGGUCCACUUCUCGCGCCAGAGUCGCCACCGCAGCCCUAAGGUUGCCAUUGAUUUCAGCAGUUACAGUAUUUUUGAACCUACUGGUGAUCAUCUCCAUCUCUCACUUCAAGCAGCUCCACACUCCAACAAACCUGCUCAUUCUCUCUCUGGCUGCGUCAGAUCUCCUGGUGGGACUGAUUGUGAUACCAGUAAUGACUGUAGCAAUAAUGGAACCAUGCUGGGGUUUUGGAGAAUAUUUCUGUGUGUUUCAUUUCUACAUUACUUUUUUAUGUACUACUUUAUCGCUUGGCAAUUUGGUCUUGAUAUCUAUUGACCGCUAUGUUGCUGUGUGUGAUCCCUUAUUGUACCACUCUAAAAUAACAAUAACAGGAACUAUCUGUUGUAUAUCCAUCACCUGGUGUUGUUGCAGCAUAUACGAUGCUGUUAUUAUACAAAACUUUGUAAAUGUACAGACACCCAGUAGGUGUUUGACAGAAUGUGUUAUUGUUGAAGGAAUAACCUGGGUUAAUAUAAUUUACGUUGUAUUUAUAAUGGUUGUCCCUUGCUCUAUUAUUAUAACACUUUAUAUGAAAAUCUUUGUGGUGGCCAGAUCACAGGCCAGAAAGGUAUUUUCAAAAGAGGCUGCCAGUGUGUCUGGUGUUAAAACUGUACAGGCAAAUAAGUCUGAGAGAAAAGCAGCAAAAACUCUAGGUAUUGUUGUUUUCACCUAUCUCCUUUCUUGGAUUCCAUCUCUAUUUAUUUACUUUGUUUUAUCUGUUAUAGGUGAUCAUUUAAUAUCAUAUUUCACCAGCUAUCUGGCACUUUUUAAUUCCUUAAUGAAUCCAAUAAUUUAUGCUUUCUUUUAUCCAUGGUUCAAAGUGACAGCUAAACUUAUUUUAACUUUGAAGAUAAGACAUUUAUAG